GCCAAAAAACAUGGCGACUGCUAGCUAGAGCAACCAGGCUACACCUGCGUCUUUUAUUACUAUUGUCAGCAGCCAGGAAAUAACCAGGGCCGGGGAGGAUUCACAGAAACACACGGUGGACCUCGCUCAUUUUUUGCCAUUACGGUUUUUGUUUAUCCCAGCUGUUGUCCGGUAUGUGAAGGCGGUUUGUGGAGGCAGACCUGGAGUGAGCGGAGACAACAACAGUGGGCUGAGGGUGGACUCUUUCUGUUUGGUUUCUUCACCUGUCCGUCGAUAUGUCUCACAGGUAAUCUCAGGCCUCUCUGUGAACCAGCCCCUCACUCUCUCCUAAUCCCCACCCUCUGCUGAUGAUGUCAUCACCACCACCAGCGAAGCCCUCCGCUACCUCCCUGUCCCCUGGGUCACACCUGCAACCCUCAAUGGCCCUGGACUCCCUGUCCGUGUCUUCCCUCCUGUCUGGGGAUUUGGACGAUGAAGGAGAUGGAGGGAGAGGAGAAGGGGGCGAGGAAGGACUCGGAGACCUAGAAGUGAACCCAUACGAUGGUUUGCCCUUUUCUUCACGCUACUAUGCUCUGCUGGAAGAGAGGCGGCAGUUUCCUGUGUGGAGGCUCAGGCAGAGCCUGCUGGAGCACCUGGAGAGCCACAACAUGGUGCUGCUCAGUGCGCCUAGUGGAAACGGGAAAAGCACCCAGGUCCCACAGUGGUGUGUGGAGUACGCUUUGUCCUAUGAGUUUUCCCAGGGCCUGGUAUGCUGUUCCCAGCCUUACUCGGUGGCAGCAGUGAGUCUGGCCCUCCGUGUGGCCGAUGAGAUGGACCUCAGCCUGGGUCUGGAGGUGGGCUACAGGGUGUCUCACGAUGACAGCUGUACACCUGACACCCUGCUAAGGUUUGUCAGUGACACUCUUCUGCUAGAGGAAAUGAUGUCAGACCCUCUGCUGCAUCAGUACGGCGUCGUGGUGUUAGAUGAGCUUCAGGAGCGCACCAUGGCCACCGACGUUCUGCUGGGCUUGCUGUGUGACGUCUGCCGCCAGAGGCCGGACAACUUUCGGGUGGUUCUCCUCACUCACCCGACGCUGGCACCUCGCCUCUCCGACUUCCUGGGACCCUCUGUCCCUCACCUCUCCCUUGACAGCCUGUUAACUGACCCCACUGCCGGAGACCAGGGGGAGGGGGGCGGGGUCGAGGAGGACAGGAAGACUGUGGAAAAGAGCAGGGUAGAGACAUUGUAUAGGGAGAUUUCACCUGGGAAGGAACCUGUGGCUGCUGCCUGUCACAUGGUGCUGGAUCUUCAUAGAAGAGGAGAGGAAGGAGAUGUGAUGGUGUUUUUGGCCAGUGCACAGGAGAUAGAAGAGUGUGCGGCCCUACUGGAGAAGGAGUGCAUAGCUCUGAGUCCUCAGCUUGGUCCUCUGAGGAUCCUCCCCCUCCAUGCUGGGCUGGGUGGGCUGACCCAGCGAGUCUAUGAGACCGACCCUGAAUCUUCUACACUGAGGGAGAACAACAGCUCCGAUGGCGUGGAUGGCAGCUCGGUCCUGGGAGCCAGGGGCCCAGGGGUCAAGAGGAAGGUCAUCGUCACCGAUACGCUCUCAGAGGCGUCCUUCUCCUUGCCAGCCAUUCGCUAUGUCAUAGACACAGGCCUUCAACUGAAAACUGUUUACAAUCCACAAAUAAGAGCAAACUCGCAGGUCCUGAGGAUGAUCAGCAAACACCAGGCUGACAUGCGAGCUCAGAGAGUCAACAGCCACCUUCCAGGGCUCUGUCUUCGUCUGUACCCCCAGUCUCUGUAUGGUGAUGGGAUGGGGGAGGCUCACUGUCCAGGGGUGGUGGAGGAAAACCUCAGCCACUUGGUGCUCUUGCUCAAGAGGCUUGACAUUGCCGACAUGGGACAGUGCAAAUUCCUGGACAGACCAGCCCCUGAGGCUCUAAUGCAGGCCUUGGAGGACCUGGACUACCUGGCAGCACUGGAUGAUGAUGGUAACCUGUCAGAGGUGGGCAUCAUAAUGUCGGAGCUGCCACUGGAGCCGUCCCUGGCUAAAGCCCUGAUUGCUGCCUGCGAGUACGACUGUGUCGAUGAGCUGCUCACCAUAGCUGCCAUGCUCACAGCACCUUCCUGUUUCAUGACGGCAGAACCCAGCAGAGAGGAAGCUGCAGUCACACACUGGCGACCUCUAAUGCACACAGAGGGAGAUCACAUGACUCUCAUUAAUAUCUAUAAUGCCUUCAUAGAGCAUAAUCAGGACGAGGCGUGGUGCACGACAAACUUCCUCAGUCACGCCUCCUUACGCCUGGCUGUGGUGAUCAGGGCGGAGCUGCUGGAGGUGAUGCAGCGAAUAGAGCUUCCUGUUUCUCCUCCUGCCUUUGGAUGCCAGGACAACUGCACCAAUAUCAAGCGUGCUCUCAUCUCAGGCUUCUUCCUCAAAGUGGCUCACGAUGUGGAUGGCUCUGGUAACUACCUCCUGCUAACUCACCGACACGUGGCUCACCUGCAUCCCUUCUCUUCCUACCUGUGUCGCCAGCCGUGCCCUGACCCCCCCAGCUGGGUCCUCUACCAUGAAUUCACCAUCUCCCGCGAUAAUUGCAUCCGCAUUGCUUCCGAAGUCCACCCCCAAAUGCUUGUGGAACUGGCCCCUCAGUACUACCUGGGAAACCUGCCGUCGAGUGACGGCAAAGAGCUGCUGAUGGAGCUGAGGCAGAGCCUGCAGCCCCACGGGUACGAGCAGGACGGAGGGUCGGACGAGCUCAGCAGGACUGACAGAGACGCUGACGGAACGGGAGAGAUCCACAAUCAGUCCAGCACCGAGCUCUGUGCUGUCCAGUGAGGCGGAUCUGCUCAGGAGAACACGGCUGUCACUUUACCGCUCGAUCUGAGAUUUGGUACUUUUAGUCUCAAUCUGAAUUAGUCUGUGAAAUCUCAUUUGAGGUUCAAUCGUGUUGAUGUGCAAUUUUCAAUGGACUUUUACUGAAAACACUAAUGUACAGUGAGGUUUUUGUUAACGUCCUCUGGACAGUGGCUUUGGAAAAUAUUCAAACCUUUUCAUUUUCUCCAUGUUUUGUUUUGCUUUGUCUUAACUUUAAAUUUUAUUUUAAACCCCUUUUUUUUAUUUAAUGAGGGAUUUCUAUGUUUCUAAAUUAUUUUACAAAAAUAUUCUACAACUUGUCACUGUGUCUUUGUGGGGUUUUAUAUGGACACUGAUGACAAAAUAUAUUUUUAAAUUGAAAACAACAAAAACUGGAAGAAAGUGAAGGGGAUGCAAUACUUUAUCAAACCACUGAAGGGUCACUUUUUUGUUAAAACACUUGAGAUUCCUAUUCAGAGCAAUACAUACUGAUUCAGCAAGCUGAAACACUGUUAUUAUGCGACCUUUGACCUUGAUAUAAAUGCCAUUCGUAGCAGUGGACCGACGAACACGUGGCUUCUCAGGGCUCACUGUGAUCUGCAGCAGUGAUGCGCAGAGCUUCUAUUUUCAGCUUUUUGAUACACUUUGUAAAAUGUUUGGAUUUUCCUGCUUAGAUCUCCAUUCUGCCGCCUUCUCUCUGACUUUGUUUUAACAAUGAAACGUCUUUGUGUAAACUGGAUUCUUAUGUCCUGUUUAAUAGGAUGUAUCUGCUGAUACAGAAGGAGCUUUAAAUAAAAGUGUGGUUUUUCAUGUCUGAAAUAUCUUAACGGAGUGAUUUUUUUUUUUUUCUCCUCGAGUAGCUUCACCAGCCUCUCUUCCUCUCUGCCUGCCAGAUUCUCCCAGCGGCGGCCCUAACAUCGUUCCCACAGCCUAUAAAAGUAAGUUUUAUUUUUGUAAUGCCAUCUCAUUGUAAAGUCUGUAUUUAUAACUAAUAGUUAAUAAUAGUAUAGUUAA